GUUAAAACCCCAAAACCAACCUACUCCUCAAAUGGAGAAACGAUUUGGUGGAUAGUUACCAGUCUCGUCAAUGGAGUGGGCGGGGCGGCCCAACCACAUUCGAGGGGUUCCGAGGAAGAUGGUUUUCAUGGUGGCCGGUGGUUUCGCCAAGCUCUUCGCUUCCUUCCUCAACUCCACAUCCGUUCAAAAUGCCCAAACUCUCAUUCGUCUCGUCCGUUCUCGACCUCCCGGCGUUCCUCUCAUCACCGUCAGCAAUCACAUGUCGACCUUGGACGAUCCCCUUAUGUGGGGAUUCAAGGGCUUUCCCUCCAUUAAUGCCGACCUCGCUCGCUGGGUUUUGGCCGCUGAGGAUAUCUGCUUCAACAACUCCUUCUACUCUUACAUGUUCCGUCUCGGGAAGUGCAUACCUAUUACAAGAGGUGGUGGAAUUUAUCAAGAACACAUGAAUGAAGCUCUUGCGCGGCUAAAUGAUGGAGCAUGGCUGCAUACAUUUCCAGAAGGAAAAGUUUUGCAGGAAGAUGCCCCCAUCCGAAGACUGAAAUGGGGAACCGCCAGCCUUAUUGUUCGAUCACCAGUAACCCCAAUGGUUUUGCCAAUUGUUCAUCACGGGUUUGAGCAGGUGAUGCCUGAGAAUUUCAUGUUUGGUAGAAGACCUCCAGUUCCGUUGGUUAACAAGAAGAUAAGCAUAACUAUUGGCGAGCCAAUAGAAUUUGACCUUCCGAAAAUGCGGCAAACGGCAAUUUCUCUUUCUCAUAAUUUUUCACUUCCAUUAUUGGGAUGGCCAAGCACUAGUGGUUUGGAUGAGGCAGCACAAAGAUGUCUCUACUCUGCAAUCUCAGAGAAAAUCCGAACUGCCAUGGAAAGCUUACGGACCUUGGGAAAAAAACAAAAGGUUUUAACUCCAAAUUGCUUCCAACAAUAGGCAAGACAUCGUCCUUUCGAAAGUAUGGAAUGAGAAAUACUUGCUCGAGGACCGAAAACUUGAUCAAAAAGUUGCUUCAGUCUGAACAAGUGACAUGAUCGUCUGGUUUAAUUUGCUGAAAUCAUUUUUUCCUCCAACAUGAACCUGAGCCAAUCUUGAAUCUUGAUAGAAAGAAAUCUUCGUUCGUUUUCUUAUUUUUUUAUUUUUUAUUAUAACCAGAUAUCAUCAAUGUAUUUCUGUUGGGGGACCUUUGACUAUUGAAAUAUUCCAUGAAUUGAUUACAAGGACGUUUUUCCUUGCUACAAUCAGCAUGAGAAUCGAGUCUAAUGUU